AUCAAAUGUAAUUUUUAAACGGACUCAUCCCUUCAUGUUCUCUCUCCACCACCUCAAUUUGGAACAAGUUCGUUUAACGCUUACUUCUGAUUGGCUGUCAGCUGCUAUUCCUCGCUAUUCCUUUUUACGUGUGAUACCCCUUAAUGUAGAGAAAGUAUAUACAAAUAAAUACAACCUGAAAAACACGUGCAACAACCGAUCAAAUCAACAUUCAAGCAAUUUAAAUUGUCUCUUUAUUCCAAAAAUCUAGCUGGCUGGUAUAUUUUUCAUUAAUAGAAAUAAAAAUAAAUAUCAUUUCCGUCUACAAAGUUAUUUUAUAUAUAUAUAUAUAUAUAUACUUUUUAGGUAAUAAUUUAUUUAUUUAUGAAUUAUUUAAACUAAUGUCUUGAAUAAAAACUGCUUUUUAUCGCAAUCUGCUCUUGAAGAAUUUCCAGACAGCACAAUGAGCGAUGAAAGUAGCGGUAGUGAGUUUGAUGACAACGAGGAUCCUGAUAAGAUUCAAGUUCCUGGAGGUGGUAAGGAUCUUGCUACAGCUGCAGGUAUAACAUUGACAAAAGAUGAAAAUCUUGCAAAUCUAGCCAUAAACAGUAAUACUAAUUUACUAUAUAAAGAAAAAAAAAAAAUGUUAUUGACCAAUAACAUAGAUACCACUUAUAACACUAUUCACCAAGCUGGUUUUUCUCAAAGCGUAGGUAAUAAGUUUAUAGGUAGUCAUCAGUCAGAUCAAAUGAACAAAAGUGAAAAAAAUCUUGGAGUUGAUAAUACUUUAAGAUAUUUACCAGGGAUGAUGGAAAUACCUAGUUCAAAUUCAACUACAUUUUUGCAAAGUAAAGGGGUCUCAAAUACAUGGAUUAACUCUGAUUCUAAUAACAAAAAUACGCAAAUAGUUAUCCCUGAAGAGGAAGAUGUAGAUGAUGAAGAAAUGAGAAUUGCAGAAACCUAUGCUGAUUAUAUGCCGGCUAAAUUAAAACUUGGCCGUAAGCAUCCUGAUCCCGUCGUUGAAACUGCAUCGUUAUCAAGUGUUGAACCAACAGAUGUUUGGUAUAAGUUCUCUAUUCCAGAUGAAACUAUUCUAUCAGGUGCCUUAUCUGCACUUCAACUUGAAUCAAUCACUUAUGCAUCGCAACAACAUGAGCAUCUAUUACCAGAUGGUUCACGAGCUGGAUUUCUAAUAGGUGAUGGCGCAGGCGUUGGUAAAGGCCGAACUAUUGCUGGGAUUAUAUUUGAAAAUUAUUUAAAAGGUAGAAAACGAGCGAUUUGGAUUUCCGUAUCAAAUGAUUUGAAAUAUGAUGCUGAGCGUGAUCUGAAGGAUAUUGGAGCAUCUAAAAUUGAGGUCCAUGCCUUGAACAAAUUUAAGUAUACAAAAAUAUCAUCAACAGCUAAUGGCAACGUUAAAAAGGGCGUUAUAUUUAGUACUUAUGCAGCUCUUAUUGGAGAGUCAUCCCAAACUGGGGGUAAAUACAAAAGUCGAAUAAAACAGUUGUUACAAUGGUGUGGACAAGAUUUUGAUGGCAUUAUUAUUUUUGAUGAAUGUCAUCGAGCAAAAAACCUUUGCCCCUCUGGCAGUUCUAAACCAACUAAAACAGGAUUAACAGUACUAGAAUUACAAAAUAAAUUACCAAAAGCUCGAGUUGUAUAUGCUAGUGCCACUGGAGCUUCUGAGCCACGAAAUAUGGCGUACAUGGUACGUCUAGGUAUGUGGGGUAAAGGAACCCCUUUUCCCGAUUUCAGUGAUUUUAUUACAGCUGUUGAUAAGCGUGGCGUUGGUGUAAUGGAAAUUGUUGCUAUGGAUUUAAAAUUGCGUGGAAUGUACAUUGCAAGACAACUUAGCUUCCACGGAGUCACAUUCAAAAUUGACGAAGUUUCCCUAUCAAAUGAAUUUAUCAAAUUAUAUGAUGAUGCAGUCAAAUUGUGGGUAGAAGCUAUGGAACGAUUUCAACGAGCAGCCGAUCUUAUAGAUGCUGAAAAUCGCAUGAAAAAGACAAUGUGGGGACAGUUUUGGUCAUCACAUCAACGUUUUUUUAAGUACAUGUGCAUUGCUGCUAAAGUUAAGCAUGCAAUUAAUGUAGCAAGAGAAGCGGUUAAGUGUGGUAAAUGCGUAGUCAUUGGUUUACAAUCAACUGGUGAAGCUAGAACCUUGGAACAGCUUGAAAAAGACGAUGGAGAGUUAAAUGACUUUGUAUCUACUGCUAAAGGAGUACUUCAAACAUUAGUAGAAAAGCACUUCCCUGCACCUGACAGAAGUCGAAUUCACAGAGUAUUGGGAUUGAACAUGACACAGAAAUUAAAGAGUGAAGAAAAAAAGGAACAGGACUCAAAAAAUUAUAAUAUUAACAAUAAACGCAAGUUCGAUCGACAAACAUCUCAAAGUGCUAAAAAAAAGUCGUAUGUUUGGUCUACUGAAAGAAAUCUAUCUGAUGAAGAAAAGCGCAAUGGUCAUAACUCUAGUACAGAAUUUAAAUUAAGUCGAUCGGAUAGCGAAGAAGACAUUUUAUCAAAUGGAGAGAUAAGUAAUCCUAGCUCUGAUUAUAAUCCGUUCGAUAGCGACAGUGAUUCCGAUGUUGAUCCAUGGGACAGAAGAAAAAAAAAGGCUACAAUAAAACAAAAAAAAAUAUCAAAGAAGACUUGUAAUUACCAAAAUAAGGUUGAAGGAAUGUUGACUGAAAAAGUAUGCAACAAUUAUGGUAAUAAAUGUAACAAAUCAGAAAUUUCAGUUAUAGAUGAAAUUACAAUUCUUGAUGCGGAACCGCAAAGCCUGACACCAUCUAAAGUUUCCAUUGAACUUGCUUGCCGAAUGAAAGAUGAACUUUUAGUUAAAAUCGAUAAACUAGGAGAAAAACUGCCACCUAAUACAUUAGAUCAACUAAUAGAUGAGUUAGGUGGACCUGAAAAUGUUGCCGAAAUGACCGGUCGAAAGGGUAGAAUUGUACAGACAGAAGAUGGUGCUAUCCAGUAUGAGUCAAGGUCAGAAGUCGAUAUACCUUUAGAGACACUCAACUUAAUUGAAAAACAAAGAUUUAUGGAUGGAGAAAAAACAGUCGCAAUAAUUUCUGAAGCAGCAAGUAGUGGCAUAUCUUUACAAAGUGAUCGCCGGGCACGAAAUCAAAUGAGACGUGUUCAUAUCACUCUUGAGCUUCCCUGGAGUGCAGAUCGGGCUAUCCAGCAAUUUGGAAGAACGCAUCGGUCAAAUCAAGUUAACGCACCCGAAUAUUUAUUCUUAAUUUCAGAUUUAGCAGGUGAACGUAGAUUUGCUUCAGUUGUUGCAAAACGAUUAGAGAGCCUUGGAGCAUUGACUCACGGUGACCGUCGAGCCACAGAAACGCGUGAUCUCUCCCAAUUCAAUAUUGACAAUAAAUACGGCCGAACUGCCCUUGAAGCCGUAAUGAAAACGAUAAUAGGAUCUGAAUCAGCAUUAGUGCCACCACCCCAGGACUAUAUGGGUGAUUUUUUUAAAGAUGUAGCUGAAGCAUUAAUUGGUGUUGGUCUUAUUUAUAAAAUUCCAAACAUACCCAGAGAGCUAUCAUUAGAUAAAGACUAUAAUAAUAUAUCUAAAUUUUUAAACCGGAUUCUCGGAAUGCCAGUCGAACUACAAAAUCGUCUUUUUAAGUAUUUCACCGAUACAUUGCACGCCAUAAUAGGUCAAGCAAAAAAAAACGGGCGUUUCGAUAUGGGAAUUCUUGACCUUGGCACUUCAGGCGAAAGAAUAAGUCGUGUUCGGCUUUUUCGCUUUUUGCGUAAGCAUGCAACUGGAAUUGCACCAACAGAGUUACACGUUGUUCAAGUGGAGAGGGGUAUACAUUGGUCAGAAGCGAUAGAACGAUGUAAUUCUCUUACUGGUUCAAAAGAAGGAUUUUAUUUAAGUCAUCAAGUACGUAAUGGCAAGCAAACGGCCAUUUUAGCCGUGGCCAUAGAAAGUGAUGGAAGAAAUAAACAGCAGAAAAAUGAAUCGAAAAAAAAUCAGCUUUUUAUGCUCUACAGGCCCAAUACUGGGUUGCAGUUACGACAAGAAACGCUUGAUGAAUUAGAGAGAAAGUAUAAAAAAGUUUCGUCGGAAGAGGUUAAAUUUCAUUGGAUACUGCAAUACAAUGCAUCAUGUUCGACGUGUUCGCAUGCUUAUUGGCGCGGAAACUGUAAAAACAUUAGCAUGGGAGUAGAUUGUGAAGUUGGAUUAAGACGAAGAAUAUAUAAUAUAUUAGCUGGUUCAGUAUUGAGCGUCUGGAGUCGCGUUGAAAAUAUUUUGUCCACACGUUCUAGUAACGAUUCGAAAAUGCAAGUAAUAAGGCUCCGUACAGAUAACAUCAAAAUAGUUGGCACACUUAUUCCUAAAAGAUGCAUAGAAUGUUUGCAACAAGCUUUAGCUGCUGAUGCAGAAAAAGUGGAGGAACAACAUUUUUAAACAUUGUUUAUAUCAUUAACAGUCAGAAAUGAUUUUCUAAGCAUGUUUUUACACAUUGUAGUUUUUACAUAUUAAUGAUGUGUCCUUUCACCUAACCAUUUUUACUGUAAUAUAAAAAAUAAAAACUCUAGUAUUUC